AUACUGGUAAACAUCUUAUUUGGGCUUCUCAAAACUAUUUUGUGAUAUUAGCAUUGGAUGAGACAAAAAAAGAGUUCCAAGUUGUUGGUCAAGGAAACGGUUGUUUUCAAGAUGGGGAAAAGAUAACGGCUGUAUUGUGUUUACCAUUUUUUAUGCCAUCGGCUAAUAAUGGUCAAAUAUUUGUUGUUCUUGGGUAUAACACGGGUUAUAUAAGAAUCUUUACAGAG